CGUAGCCCCUACUUCCUUCGUUGCGCCCUUCGCAGAGCUGGAAAGUGAUCCAUCCCACACGACGCAUCCAACAUAUCUAACCUGUCUUUUAUGUCCGCGCCAGCUUUGAUGUGUGAGCUGUCUGAAUCGUCAAAGUUAGCGGCGGAGUCUAUAGUCGAGGCUCUGACAGAUGAUUGGAAUUAUUAUCCUAACGUCCUCGUUUUCCAGCUCCAGCAUGACGGAGAUCGGGAAAGGAUCCUCAAGGAGCUGGAGGAUUGGGGGCUGUCAGAUAAACUGAAAGAGGUGGAUGGGCCAGUGCCGGAUGGCCGCGAGUAUGGCCGAGCAACAGAGAUAUGCUUCAUAGUGCCCAAGGUGGCAUGCUGUAGAGGGCUACAUCCCACUUCGUGGGAUGUGAAGUCCGGCGGCAUCACGCCCAUGACGUCCACCGCCCAGCCUAUGACGGUGGACGACAUGCUUACGAGAGCAGCGGGGGAAGGUGGAUUCAAGCUUCCUGACGCUCAGUUGAUUUCUCAGUUAUCUGCGACUUACUCUGCGACUAACGCAGUCCCGCCUGUAAGGUUCACUGACAGUGCUCCUUUCGUAAGGUUGAGGGUCGUCCCUAUCGUUUCCAUUCUGGGGUCUGACCAAUGCAUGCUGACCGUGGAAAUCAAGGAUUUUGAGUUCGGAGUGGAGAGAAUGUAUAGCGAGGACAACAAAUACCUGGGGUUCUAUCCGUCCAGCGCCAUCCUAAGCCUGCAACCGGAAGGCUUUACUUCGUUGCAAUCACCCGAGAGGAUCUAUCCAGGUGUGCAACCUUCGCAGACUUACAGCGUCGUGCUGGGCCACAACAAGGCGACUACCCUUAAGGCCAGCCUGCAGGGGAGUGCAGCUGGUGCCUCAGGGGCCGCAGAGUGGUCAGGUGCCACUCAGACCUCGACGUCCCUCACGACGACGUGGCGAGAUCACGGAUUCCACAAGCGCAUUAUUGGUGGCCGCGGUUAUGAACUCGGUGUGGGCUGGGAGUGGCAGCUCAGCAUGUGGAAGCAGCAGUCGGACCACACACCGUUUAUCUACAAUGUGAGCAACCCAAGCGCCUGCUGGAACCGGCCUGCAGGCUCUUCUCAAACUGGGAGUCGUCGUCGUAGUAACGAUUACCGUACAGCCUCCCGCGGGGCCCUGGCCGGCGCCGGGCCCGCUGGGCGCGCGGGGGCGCCGGCCGGCCCCCGGGCCUGGGGCAUGCCGGGGGCCUGCACGGCCCCGGGGCCGGCGGCCCGGCCCCCCCGCCCACCCCCGCGGGGCCCACGGCGGCCGGGGGCCCGCCAGGCACGGGUGGCCCGGGCCGGGGGCACGGGCGCCGGCGGCUGCCUGGGUCGGAUUGUUGGGUCUUCGGCGCUGAUCUCUGUAAUUGUGGAUUUCGAGAUCUAUAAGAACCUCUGA